AUGUGUCUCAACAACCUUCCUCCCGAGGUCCUCUAUGACAUCGUCGCCACCGUCGUCGUCGACCACAUCGACUGCGCCAUCGCCUCUCCUCCCCGACACGCUUGGCUCCACCGGUACCCCGCCAUCCAGAUCGAGUAUGUCCGCCGUAAUGUCCUCGCGCGGCGCCAGCGCCUCGGUCUCGGCCCCAUCAUUAUCUCUAUUGGUUCCGAGAAGACCGAGUGGUCGGACUUUCCCGAAGACAAGUUCAAUCUCAUCGUGUUGCUCGCUCUUGAGGUCUUUGGACCCGACCUCACCAACGCUCCUCUACUCCCGCCUGGUGCGCUCGAUUUUCUUGAUCGCGCCAACGAAGAAGACCAGGACGAGUGGACCGACACGGACGAUGACGCGGACGACGAAGGUUCAGACAUCGCCCCUCCCACCCGUCGGACGGUACCGUCCUCCCGACCUGCGGCUGGAAUUCCGCCUUGGGCGAACUCCUCUGCUACAGGAUCCUCUGCUGAAGAAUUCUCCGACGACGAAGACAACGACUCCGAUAUUGAUGACGGGGAAGAAGACAGGAAGUUCGAGGCGUUCGAGGCGACUGAGAAGAAGGAGCUGCUCCCCAAGAACCAGAUCGCGCCGCUUCUUGGGGUGAAUGGCUAUGUCCGAGAGACGACGCUGAGGGUCAUCCACGAUACCUUGGGAGUGAAGAAGACGCGAGGAUCGAAAGCCAGCAUCCACAAGAAGAUUAUUGCAGUUCUCCGCGAGCUCCGCUGGACCUACCGCAUCGCGCACACUCCUCCCUUCCAUUGUGGCGACCUCGUCGCUGCCUAUAAAGGGCCAGUCACUCCCUUCGUCGAUGCCUAUCUCGGCCUCUCGCAAGCGGGGUACUGUCUGCGUAGCAUGAAGAGAUACAGCAGCGCCAUGAAGUCGCCUUUUGCAGCAGCAGCCGGCUUGACCGAUUUCGGUUUCCAGUUUAUAUUGCAGACGAUGAAGGCAACUAGGGACAUCGAUCUCACUAUCUCACAAUCUGUGCUUCGCACUCGGGUCUCUCAGAGGGCUUACAUAUACCAUACGCAGUUCAGGCUCUGGAGAAGGCUUGUAGGACAUGGAACCAAGAUUGCAGACGCCUACGAGGCAGCCAUACAGAGAUCCGAGCGCAGGCGUCUGGUCUUUACCGUGAACGCCGACAAGUGUGCCACCCUCCAGCAAGUUCUUCGCAACUUGGUCGUCUUCGAACAGAAAUAUGCGACCCAGGAAUACUUCGACGUUUUUCCCCGUGUUUUGAUCAAGAUGUCCGGCAUCAGGCUCAUUCUUAAGCACCUCGACGGGCUCCGCGUCGUCAACAGCAUCAGAGAGAACGAAGCUGCCUUGGCGAUCGUUCGCGAGGCCACCGAUGUCUUGAAGACCUGGAGGCGCAAGUGCAAGGCGAAGACCUCUUUCUACGCCGUUUUGAACUCUGGCAUAAGGAAGAUAUGGUUCGAGGGCGGGAAAGUGAUGGAGAGCACCGUUGUUUAA